CUGAGAGACAAGUUCGGCCAAAAUCCUCUCCCCCGAACAAACCCCCAGCUGCAUCCAUGGCGAAGCCGCAGCUUCUUCUCUGCGUCCUCGUCGUCGCCGCCGCGCUGCUACUCGUCGCCUCCGCCAAGAAGGCCGCCGACGUGUCGGAGCUCCAGAUCGGCGUGAAGUUCAAGCCAGUGUCCUGCAGCAUUUCAGCUCACAAAGGUGACAGAGUUAAAGUUCACUACCGUGGAAAACUUACUGAUGGAACAGUCUUUGAUUCGAGCUAUGAGAGGGGCGACCCAAUUGAAUUCGAGUUGGGCACUGGUCAAGUGAUCAAAGGAUGGGAUCAGGGUAUCUUGGGCAUGUGCGUUGGUGAGAAGCGGAAGCUGAAGAUUCCUUCAAAGCUUGGCUAUGGGGAGUCGGGAUCACCUCCUACCAUUCCGGGUGGAGCAACUCUGAUAUUCGAUACAGAGCUCGUUUCCGUCAAUGGUGAGCCAUCCAGCAAAUCGGACGAGGAUGUUGGCAGUGAGCUUUAGACAGCCAGGCGCAGCGCGGAUCAAGCAAAGCAUAGUUUUCAAUGUGUCGGAUUCUUACUUGAGUAGGGCAAACACUGUGAACUGAGUAGAGACAGGAGCUUUCUCUUACCAUUAUUAUCAAACAGAGGAGUCUAGUUGUCAUAAACGAAUAGAUCAAGUGACUUUUGGUAUCCUGUGGAACUCUUGCCUUCCUGAACUAUUCUCCAAUCUAUACUGUUACGUUUGUUAUCUGCUGUUA